CAGUUCUCCUGGUUGGUCACAAAGAGCCGAGGAGCCAUUAGCUGCAAGUCCUGGCUGCUGUGGCCCAGCAUGGGCCUUCAGCAGACUGAUGGCUGAGCGUGUGAGAGAUGCGAGAUAACCCCACGGUGCCCUGGGAAGAGGCAGGAAUGGUGAGCCAGGCUUCAGAGCAGAGCGCAUGUGGUUGAGCAUGCACACAGGUGUCCCUAUCCCAGCCUCAGCCCACCUGCUGCUACCUGCUCAAGGGCUGAAGGGAAUGAAGACUCUGCUACCACUAAUUGGCCACCUUGUAAGCCUCUGCACAGAGGGAGGUGUUUACAGGCUUUGCAACAACCAUGAGAGGGGGUUUCAGUGAGCCCAGCAUGGCCAACUCAUCCCGGAUGCAGAACGCGGUUCCUCGGCCUGGCUUCUCCGCCUUGCACCGCCUGCGGAAGAAGCGGAAAGGCCAGCGCGUGAAGGACCCGCUCGACGACCUCCUGCUGAAGACCCUGACUUCACAGCGGGCCAUGGAGGAGCGUUUCUUGCAGAUGGAGGAGCGGCGGUUCCAGCGGGACCUGGACGUGGAGGAGCGCCGGAUGCAGCUGGAGCAGCGGCGCUUCGAGCUGGAGCGGGAGCACGAGUUCCGCAUGUUCAACGUUUUCGCCCAGAUGCUCAGCAUCCUGAAGCAGAGCCACGGCAGUGCAACCCCUUCCCUCGCGAUGCCUCCAGGCCUGGACUUCAGCCAAAUGCUGUCGGAACUCAUGGGCCGGGCGGGAGGAGGCAACCUGCGGGGACCGAGGGCCCGAGGGCCGGCCAGGAGCUGGGGUGACAUGUGCAGCUUCUGCCCCCUGGGGGGGUUCCAGCGCAGCCCAUACCUCUCCGCUCGCGGCAACGUCGCCAACAUCUUCCGGGGCUCUGACGAGGAGGGGUACAAAGCGUACCACGCUGACAAGUAUGAUGAAGACACAAACCCCAAUGGUAUAAUUAAUUUUGGCACCAGUGAGAAUAAGCUCUGCUUUGACCUGAUGUCCAAACGGCUGAAGGAACAGCUGACACAGACUGAUAUGAACCUCAUGGAGCCACUGCUGCUUCAGUAUCCCGACUGGAAGGGACACAUGUUUUUACGGGAGGAAGUGGCUCGAUUUUUGACCUAUUACUGCAAGGCCCCUGCACCUCUUAAGGCAGAAAAUGUGAUUGUUCUGAACGGUUGUGGCUCUUUGUUUUCUGCAUUAGCUACAGUCCUUUGUGAUCCAGGGGAGGCUGUUCUGAUUGCUACUCCUUUUUAUGGUGGUAUCACCCAGAGCAUCUUCCUGUAUGGCAACGUCAAGCUGGUGUAUGCCUAUUUAGACAGCAAGAUUACUGGAACAAGCACUCGGCCUUUCCAGCUUACUGUGGAAAAACUGGAAAAGGCCUUGCAGGAUGCCCGGGCAGAGGGUGUAACUGUAAGGGCCUUAAUUCUUCUGAAUCCCCAGAAUCCCCUUGGGGACAUCUACUCCUUGUCAGAGCUACGAGAUUACCUGGAAUUUGCCAAAAGACACGAAUUGCAUGUGAUAGUAGAUGAGAUCUACAUGCUGUCAGUUUUUGAUGAAUCAGCCACGUUUCACAGUGUCCUAGGCAUGGACAGAUUGCCUGAUCCACAGAGGACUCAUGUGAUGUGGGGAAUAAGCAAGGAUUUUGCUGUCUCUGGGAUUCGUUUUGGUACUUUGUAUACAGAGAACCAAGAUGUUGCUAAUGCGGUGGCUUCUUUGUGUUAUUUCCACGGGGUCUGUGGACCAGUCCAGCACAAAGUUGCACAGCUACUUAGGGACAGAGAAUGGAUCAACCAGGUGUACCUGAGAGCCAACCAUGCCCGCCUGAAAGCUGCCCAUACAUAUGUGACUGAUGAGCUGAAGACACUUGGGGUUCCUUUUCUCAACCGCAACGCAGGCUUCUUUGUCUGGAUUGAUUUCCGAAAGUACCUUAGAACUGGAACAUUUGAGGAGGAGAUGCUGCUCUGGAGGCGUUUUCUUGAUAACAAGGUCCUCCUGUCCUGUGGCAAAGCCUUUGAGUGCAGUGAACCUGGAUGGUUCCGCAUCAUCUUUGCUGACAAGACCCACAGACUGCAGCUGGGUAUGCAGCGGAUCCGCAAGGUUUUGGAAGAACGAGAGCAGGAGAUAUUGUCUGAGGAAAAGGAGCAGCCUUGUCAGUCAGAUCAGGAUGGCAAAGCAGAUAGCACAGAUGAAGUAAUUUUCGUAUCCCACCACCAGGAAUCUUCCUGUGCUGGUAGCUCCAACCUUGGUGACCUCAUUGGCCUUCUGCAGCAGCAGAUGCGUUCAUCUGAUUGGCUACAGAAAAAUACAGCAGAACAGCUUGCAUAGAAAAAGCCAGAGAUCUACGAUGUGUUCAACAAACUGAUGGGGAAACAGUAGGGGCCAGUGUACCUUUAGGCAUGUUCUUGAGCACUAAGUGAAUAGCUUGGGGCCCCUACCAGCUCAAUGCUGACUUCCAGCAAAUAAUAUAUUUUCUGUAUAGCAAGAAAAUCACUUUGUAAAACCCCUCCUCGACCCCGUUUGAUGUCUCUGAUUUGUACUAUAUAGGUGAUUUCCUUGGAUUGGGGUGAGGGUAGGAAUGGUGGGGGUUUUGUUCACCUGCUGCCCCUCAUCCUGCUGCAUCAUUGUAUUUUGUAUUUCAUUUCUAAUGAAUAUGCUCUUAACUCUC